AUGAAUAAAAACAAAAAAAAAGAAAAACUUAAAAGGAAAAAAAAGCAAACAAAUUCUAAUUUAAAUCUAUACAACGAAAUAAAUGAUGGGCUUACUAAAAAUGCGGACAAACCAGCAAAUACCAAAAAAGAAAUAUCCAAUAAUACUAACCAAUUAGAAAGUAAACAAAAUGAUAGCUUGAACAGUUCUGAAAAUGAUCAAUGCGUAAAUAAAGAAGUAGCAAAAAUCGAAAAAACUUUGAAGCAAAAAACGAACCCUGAACUAAACAAAUCUCAAAAGGAAUCCCCCACAAUUCAAACAAACAGUUUUGAAAUAAAUACUGAUGAAGCUACAGAUAAAGAAAUACAAAUUUUAAAAAAAAUAGAAAAUAAAAAAGAGGAAUCAACUGUAGAAGAAAUACAAAAGACAGAUAAUUAUAAAGUUAGUAAAGAUGAUAUAUAUAAUUUGCUCAAUUUAAAUAAUAUAGAAGAAAUAGAGAAAAAUCUAAACUAUUUAUUUCCUUCCAUACAUUUUGAUAAUAAUAAAUCAGGGGGUAUAGGAAAUACAAAAAAUGAUGACAUCAAAUUUGAAGAAGAAAUAAACAAAGAAAUAAGUAAAUUUCAAAAGGAUAUUAAAGAUGUUUAUUUUUGUAAUAAUGCCAAAAAAAGAAUAAAAAAAAAUAAAUGUGUAAAUUAUGAAAAAAACAUAUUUAUAGAAAAUGAGUUUGUUAAUUUUUCAGAAAUAUUAAUUAAGGGAAAUAGUUUUCUCAAUUUGAAAAAAAAAAUUAUAAAGAAAAAUAAAAAACGAAAAAAAAAAAAAAGUAAAACCAAACUAAGAACACAAAAUUACAAGCUAGUAAGAGAAUUGUGCUUAUCUGAUGGCACAUAUGCAAAAGAAAUAAGACAAAAACAAAGACAAAAUGAAAAAGGGACAAGCAAAUAUUACAUAUUUGAAUAUAGCUGUGGUAAUACAAAAAUACAAUCUAUCACUGGCUAUAUUAUAUGUUACAAGAAUUACGAGCUAUAUAAAAAUGCCAAUAUAAAAUGUUUAAAAAAUAAUAAAAAAUGUAUAAAUAUAUUGGAAAAUAGUAGAAAUGGCAUAAACAUUUCAAAGAUAGAUCAAAAAAAAGAAAACAUAUUUGAAAUAGACAAAUGUAAAAACCAUAGUUUUAAUAAUAAUAAAAUAAUGAAUAUUAAUUCAGUAAAUGAAAAAAAUAUUUCAGUCUUACUAUGUGUUAAUGUUUCAAAUUGUAUAUCCCCUUCUGCUUUUUUAGAACUUUUAUAUCCGUGUGAUAAUUUUAUAUUUUUUUUAAAAGUUUUAAAUAAAAAAAGUUAUGAAGAAUAUAUGAUAUAUUUCUUAACAUUUAGUAUAUAUACGAAAAAAAUUCUGAACAAAGCUAAAAAAAUUUCCUUUUUUAAUAUGAAAAAAAAAAAAAAAUUAAAAAUAUAUAUUGUUAAAGGAAUUACAAUGAAUUUAACUUCUUGUAUUACUAGAAAUACUAACCCAGAUUCUUACAUUAAAACAAACAAAUUUUAUAACAUCGCUUUGGAAAAUAAAACAAUAUGCGCAAAUAGCAACAUGAAUGAUCAUAAUAAUAUUGGAAAAUUACAAUCAAUGUCAAAUACAAAUUUUAUCAAUCCAUUUUAUCUUAUAUCACAAAAUAAAUUUCAAUUAUCUUGUGCUGUAUGUCUAGAACCUUUAUAUUCAGAAAAUUUAAACCAAAUUAUUUCUCAUAUUUUUAAUUUUAGUUUUCAAAAAAAAAGUGUAUAUAUAGCCAAAAAAUUAAAUACCUCAAAAAUUAAAUGUAGUACAGACGACUCUUUAUUUAGUAAUAUAAAUUCUGAAUUCAACACAGCUAGUAAAAUUAAAAAAAUUAAAAACAACCCAUGUAGUAGUUCUAUAAGGGAGGAAAAAACGAGCCGUGAUAUAAAAAGAGAAACUUCCAAAAUAAAAAAAAAUAACAUCAGCGAUUAUAAUAGUAAAUGUGAUAGCAAGUGCAGUAGCAAAACAGAUGCUGCUUCAUCUUCUAUUCCUCCAAAUGCUAACGCUCUUUAUAAUAAUAUUUUUCUUGAGGGUUACAAACCAAAUGAUAAACACAGUAGGAAUAAUAAAGAAGAAAAUAAAUUUCAAAACUAUCCUUCAAAUUAUUAUUAUAACAAUCUUAAUGCAUUAAAUAAUUAUAAUUUGAAUGAAUAUGCAUAUUACUUAUCUGUUACAAAUCUUAUAAAUACUAUGCAAAAUAAAUAUAAUAGCCAAAUGAAAAGAGAGAAAAAAAAAAAAAAAAGUGAUAUUAUAAAUGAUAAAGAUAGAACCAAAAUUUUUAAUAAUGUUCCUAUAAAUAUAUUAUGUAGUCAUAUAUUUCAUUCUAAUUGUUUGAAGAGAUGUUGUUUUACUUCCUGUCCAAUAUGUCGAUAUAAACAAUAUAAUUAUGAAAUAGCUAAUUGUGAUAUUUGUAAAAAAAAUUACAAUUCCAAAAUAUGUCUAUCUUGUGGUUUUAUUGGAUGCUCUUUUAAUUAUGAUCAAAUUGUUAAAAUCAAGAAAAAAAAAAUUAAAGAAAAAAAACAGCUUUUAAAAAAAAAAAAAAUUCUAAUAAAAAAUAUAUCUUACAUUUUUAAUAAAAUAAUUAAAUCCUUUAUGCCAAUAUAUAAUAACAUCAUUUUAUCUCUAUAUUAUAAAAGUAAAAUAAAAUGUGUAUAUAAAAUACAAACUAAACAACCAUAUCCAAAUAGAAGAAAAAAAAAUAAAUAUCUUCCCACUAACUAUAAUGAUAAACAAACAAAAUACAUCACAUAUUAUUCGGAAAGUCAAAAUGAAAAUAAAAAAAUAUUUAAUCCUAAUAAUUACACACAAAAUGAGGAAACAACAAAUGAUACUUUAUUAGUAUUACCAAGUAAUGACAAUAUAUAUAUGAACAAUUUAAAAAAAUUCUCUAAAUAUAUUUAUAUAGGAAAAUCAGCUAACAAAAAAAAGAAUGUUUCCUAUUAUUUUUCUCAAAGCAUAAAUAAGUGCAUAAUUAAGAAGGACACUAAAAAAAAAGCUGCUACCAAAUCCAAGUCACAAAAUAAUUUUGAUAAUACUAAUGCUAUACAGACAAAUGAUAAAAAAGAAAUUCUUGAUGGCGAUUUCAAAAAAAGUAAAACAAACAAAGAGAUGAAUAAUAGUAGUAUAGACAAUAUGAAUAUGAAUAUGAAAAAAAUGUGUAAUGUAGAAAACAAUCGUAAUAUUGUAAUUGUAGAGAAAUAUAGAAAAUGUUUCUUAAAAAAAAAAAAAAAAAAAAUUAAAGACCAUGCAAAAAAUCAUUUUUAUGAAACACAACAUAACUAUUUUUUUGAUGUUAAAAAAAAUUCAGUUUAUGAUUAUAGUAGUGAUAUAUAUAUAAGAAAAUUAAUAAAUUUAAAAAUUCAAAAUAAAAAAUUUAAAAAUAUAUAUACAGGGAAUAUAUAUACUAAUGGAAAUAAUACAAGCCCAAAUGAAGAAAUUAUAAAUAAAAAAAAUAUUAUAUUAUAUAUAUACGAUUUUAAUCAAUUAUUAAAUGCCUUAUUAGAAAGUCAAAAAAAUAGUUUUUUAUCAUGUAUAUAUGAUUUAAAAAUAAAUUAUGAAAAUAUUAAUUUGGAUAAUUUAAAUGAUAUUAAUAAAUGUGUUAAAGAAAUAUAUAUUUUACAAGAAAAAAAUAAUAAUCUAAAAAAUGAAAUAAAAAAAAAAAUUAAUACACUUAUGAAUAAAAUAAAAACAAAUACUGAUUUAUCUCGUGAACUUAAAAAUGUGGAAACGAUCAAUGAGAAGUUGUGUGCAGAUCAAAGAAAACAAAUAAAUAAUUAUGAUUUAAAAAAUGAGAAAAAAAAAAAUAUUAUCAAAGAAAAACAGCAAAUAAUAAAGGAGUUAAACAAGCAGAUAACCGACUUGAAUUUCCACAAGUUAGUCUCUUCAAAAUUUUCUCAAAACUCAGAAAUAACGAAUUCUUCUUUUAUGAUUGGAGAAAAAAUAACAAAUAAAAGCAGAUUUAAAAAGCGAUAA